UCUGGGUUGAAUCAAACUCACAUCAGAUUUAUUCAUUUAUUUUGUCAUCCAUCUUUUUUUCAUUCAUUUUUCCUUCAUCUUCGUUCGUCCAUAUUUCUGUAGCUUUAUAGUCUGCUUGAAUACAAUGACUUUGUCCAAAUCCGAUUCAGUAUCUGACAUUGCAGAACUUUGCACUAGCAAUGAUCCUUAUCACCCAGCCAAUUUGAUACCUGAAUUAUGUCGACUCUUCUACCAAUUAGGCUGGGUGACAGGUACGGGUGGAGGCAUUAGUAUUCGAAAUGGAAAUCAGGUAUACAUUGCACCCUCUGGUGUCCAAAAAGAACGUAUGGAACCCCAUCAUCUCUUCGUUAUGACCCUACAGGGUCGUACACUUCUGCGGUCACCUUUAACUUUCAAGCCUUCCGCUUGUACGCCCUUAUUUUACAACGCCUACACCUUGAGAGGCGCUGGUGCUUGCAUUCACACACAUUCCCAACAUGCUGUUAUGGCGACCCUUUUAUAUCCAGGAAAAGCAUUUAAAAUAUCUCACCAAGAAAUGAUUAAAGGAAUUCGUAUCGGUUCUACAAAACAGAAUUUGAAGUAUUAUCACACGUUGGUUGUGCCGAUCAUUGAAAAUACACCGGAGGAAGAAGACUUGACAGAUAGAAUGGCUAAUGCUAUAAAGGAAUACCCUGAUACAAAUGCUGUGCUUGUACGUCGUCAUGGCGUUUAUGUUUGGGGAGAAACUUGGGAAAAAGCAAAGACAAUGGCAGAAUGUUACGAUUAUUUGUUUGAGAUUGCAGUCAAAAUGAAGUCGAUAGGUAUUGAUCCUGCUGCAAAACCUGAAAGCGAGCCAGACUACGAAAAAGAAGAACAAGAACAGAUGCAGCAGCAGCAGCAACAAUGAACAAAUAUCCUAAGCUAGACAGACAAUCUGCUUCGAGGUUCAAUCAUCCUAUGUAUAUACAAGUAUGCUCUCACAAUAGAUCUGUCAUAUGAUUGAAUAUGUCAAAACAUAAAACGAAAUAUAAAACGAGAUGCCGAUCAUAAUAGCCUUGCAGCACCCGGUUGAUCCAUUAGAUAUCAGUCCUAUACAUUUGACUUUUAAAAAAUGAGCAAAAACACUGCUUUAAUCCAAUUAAACUUUUAAACAACUAUAGUUUUGUUUUUAACAUGGCCGAAUUGCUUGUUGAUAUUUGUGUCAGUCAUACAGGAUAUCUACAUGCAUCGUUAUUGUUAUGAAUGCAAAAAGAGCCAAUCAAAAGGACAAAAAAGGAAAAUUAUUGCAUAACCUUUAUUUUAUUCUAUUUUUUUUCUAUAACACUUUUUUUUUC